CAUAGAACCUGAUGAAGGUGCAGGUCCUCAAAUAAGUUACUUGGGCUAUUCCAUGAUGGCAGUGCUGGCUUUGUCCGCCAUCUGGAUCACAGUGUUCUCAGCAUCCCCCGGUGUGAUGCCGCACGCUGAUCCCGUCUACGACUUCAUCAUCGUCGGGUCGGGGGUCGCGGGAAGUGUUGUGGCGUCUCGACUUACAAACGGCACGGGUUAUAGAGUUUUAUUGCUGGAAGCUGGUGAAGAGGAGCCCUGGGUAUCUAAAAUUCCGCUGUCGACGCUAAUGUUGCAAGGUUCCAAGUACGACUGGAAGUACUACAGUGAACCUCAAGAGUUCUCUUCCUUUGGAAUGUUGGGAAGAAAAUCUUUCUGGCCCCGUGGGAAGAUGUUGGGAGGGUCAGCUCAGCUCAACUACAACAUUUUCACGCUAGGCUGGAGACUUCACUAUGACCGAUGGGUGUUACAGCAUGGACUGACAGGAUGGGACUCCUCCAGCUUAAUGAAAUACGUCAAGGAAAUGUUCUGCUUCCCACAAAAAGAGGACAAGGGAAGGGAAGAAAGUCGAGAGCUCGGUGAAGAAUCUGGGGCAGCAACCGGGGACUGGAGGGACGGGACCCCUAAAGGGGACUGGGGGGACGGAACCGCCUGCGCCGGGGGCGCUAUGCCCCUGACGCAACUAACUUCGCCCGUAAGCUCCAUCUUUGCAGAGGCGGUGCAAGAUCUGCAAUCUUCGACGAACGACUCCAGUUUUGGCCACACGCAACUCGUGUCAGUGCAUCAUGGUGAGCGCUGGUCAACUCUGGCGACAUUCUUAAGGCCCUCGCUGGAGCAGAGGAGCCUCCAUGUCGUCAUCCAGGCUCACGUCACUAAGAUUUUGUUCGAGGGCACCAGGGCGGUGGGCGUAGAAUGGCACCAGUGGGGUGCGGCUAAGAACUCCCGUAGGACGUUCGUUCGGGGUGAGGUCAUCCUCGCUGCAGGGGCCGUUAACUCUCCUGCAAUCCUCAGGCAGUCGGGCGUCGGCAAGAGGGAGGAGCUUGACGAACAUGAGAUCGAAGUUGUGGUAGACAGCCCAGGUGUCGGAGACAACUUGGCUGAUCACAUGAACCUGCCUGUUUACGUGCACAUCAAUUCUUCUAUUUCCAUCAAUCCCGACAAGCUCAUUUCUUUCCAGAACUUUUGGAAAUACUUCAUGUAUCGGGAAGGUCUAUUUACGGACACUGCAAUAGGCGGUAUUCUCACCGAGUACAAAAAUUUCACCGUUACUGAAAACAACAAUCUUGCACACACUGCUUUUGAAACGUCCGUGGGUCGGGACACAUGCAACGACGAAGAAGAAAAUCAUGAUGAAAUACAAGACGAGGAUGCAUUCCAAGAAACAAACACGUGCCCAAUAAGUUCAUCGUCUUUAGAAGACAACGUUGUAGUCAAGGAUAUGAACACUGAUGAAAAUUUCCACGGUGAACGUGAGGAAGAAGUGCCUGUGAGUUUACUGCUGUUCAACAUGGGUGCUGUGGAGCGUGAAUCUUACGCUAAGGCGGCCAACCUCGACCCAAAGGUGUUUGACGAAACUUACCCUGACAUGAGGAACAAAAGCCGAGAGGGUGUAUUUCUGCUGGCCUCCUGCAUGCAACCUUUCAGCCGAGGUCACGUCAAACUUUCACACGAGUCGCCCCAGCAUCAAUCAAUACAACCUAACUACCUAAAGCAUCCUAGUGACCUUCACUGUAUUACGAGAGCAUUCAGACUGGCUGAGCGCUUCGUACGUACGGCAGCCAUGCAGCGCAUCGGCGCUAAGAUUCACUACCCGCAACUGCAUCGCUGCAAGACGCUGCCGAACGCAAGGCUUCAGAACGCUAAUGUUGACAGCAGCGCUCCUGAUGUGUUGGGAUCCUCUGACAUAUCCGAUGAGGAGGUAGGAUGCAUCGCGCGGACCCUGGCGUUCACAGGAUACCAUCCCAUAGGAACCUUGAAGAUGGGUCCCUCCAGCGACCGAGAAGCUGUCGUAGAUUUACAGCUCAGGGUGCAGGGAGUUGACGGGGUACGGGUGGUGGACGCCUCGGUGCUGCCUUCCCACCCUGUGCCCGCACCCAUGGGCAUCAUCGCAGUUUUUGCUGCCAGAGCUGCAGACAUAAUCAAGGAGGCUUGGUCGCCUGUUGGUAAAAUUGAGACUACAGAGCCCUGUUAUGCCGGAGUCUGUGGAGAGGAUCUCUAUCAAGCCAACUCAUCUUCUUGCCUUCAUUACAGCCUUAUAACCUCCAUCUUAGCCGCACUAGCCUACUCACUACCACACUUUAUUGCCAGGCAAUAAAUGUAGUGUUAAUACAUUUUGUAAUUAUACCUUGAAAUUACAUAGUUAUUUAAAGAGAUGACAAUUUUUAACUGGUUUGAUUUAAUGUAGUUAACGCAGAUCACUGAUAACCACGGGAAAAAUGGCAAAAGAAGAAUGUCGAAUUAUGUCGUUUAACCAUGUCACAUGCCUACCAAAUUUUAGACUAUGUUUGCAAAUAAUAAAAUAAACAUUAUUUCAU